UCCAAGAGAAAUUGAAUUCGGAAAUUAUUAACUAUCGAUUCUUUUGUUAUUGGAUAAUGGAAAUGAAAUUGGUACAAUUUAUCUUGAUUUUCACAUAAAUCACUCAAUAGAGAUUACGAAAAGUGGUGUUUACUCCUUCUAAUUAAUCAACAAUCCGCCUGAUCAAUGAUCAAUAUAUUUAUGUGUUCACAUUAACUUGAUUCAUCUUCAAUUAGUUUCAAUCUCUCAAUGAACUACCAUGAACACAAUCAAUGGUGACAAGAAAAUCACUUAUGCCUACUCACCUUUAAAUCACCAAAGAUCGAAAUCAUCUUAUAUCAUCAAAUUAACUUAUUUUCUUACAAUCUUUAAUCUGGUUGUGUUUAUUUGGUUGAUUUCUUCAAGUAGAUCAAAUUACGUUCCAGUGGUAGAACUGAACAAAUCUUGUGGACAUCGAGAUGAACUGGAAUUUGUAUCGAAUAAAAGUUUGCCGUCUUAUUGGAAAAGAACAUCAUUGACGAUGGAAGAUCAAUGUUUACAAGCAACAAUGUCGGAAGAUAAUUUUAAUUUCCAACGCGAAAUUGAUCUAUUGGAAAAGUGUCAAUCAUCCGAUUACACCCGUUUCUGGACUUCUCCCAACCGAUAUUUCACUUUUCUACCAAUCAAUAUACUACCCGUUUCUAAUAAGAAGAUAGUCUCUUUCUCACUUUAUGGUGGUGCUGAUCGAUAUCUUCGAAAUGUGGUCAAGAUAAUCCGACGAUAUAAGAAACUUUUACCUGAUUGGAUUCCUCGUUUUUGGCUCGGAUCUGAUGUUCCUUUUUUGAUGAUUAACCGAUUAGUUUAUGAACAAGCUGAAGUGAUAAUUGUCCAUCAGAAUCAACCCAAGUUAAGUAAUUUGACACGUUCCCCUGGAUACCAAGGGAUGUUCUGGCGAUUCUUUGUCGCUGAUGAUCAACAUGUAGAAAGAUAUAUUGUCCGUGAUUCAGAUUCCAUGUUGAUCCAACGGGAAGUAGACGCUAUGAACCAAUGGAUUAAAGAAGACACCAUGUUCCAUGUAAUGAGAGAUCACAAAAAUCAAUCCAUUGAAAUUCUAGGCGGCAUGUGGGGUGGAAAAGUAGAUACUAAGAUUUUUUCUACCUCCAGGGAAUAUGAGAAGGCUUUGAAAUCCGGUUUCAAUAAUCAAGACGGCAAAGGUCUUGACCAAACGUUUCUACAAAGGUUCUUAUGGCCAAUCGCGAAGAGACGAAUGACCUGUCACACGGCUUAUCGUUGGAAGUUCGUUGAUUCAAAAGGAUGUAAAGACUUUCCAACUCCAAGAGUGGGAAACUCAUUCGUUGGAGCCAUUUUGGAAGACUGAACAUUUCAAAUGCAAAUAGAUUAUCUUAAAUUCAUGUUCAACAAGAACAAUCAACUAAUCGCAGAGAAAAGAGAUGAAGUCUUUCAUUUCAAUAA